AUGUCUUCUGCUUCAUUUUGUGCGCCAUUCCUUCUGUUUCUGGCCUUCGUGUAUGCCGCACCUUUUACACUUCAGAAGAGAGCUAUCUCCCAGGAUUUGUUAAACCAAUUGGCAUUCUUCGAACAAUACUCAGCAGCUGCCUACUGUCCGGACAAUAAUGUGCCUUCCUCCUCCACUAAUAUUACAUGCGAGGCCGGGAACUGUCCUCUUGUUCAAACAGCUGGAGCAGAGUCACUCCUAGAGUUCCAAAAUGAAGGCCUUGCGGACUCGACUGGAUUCGUUGCCGUCGACCAUACCAACCAAAUGAUAGUCAUGUCCUUCCGAGGCACCACGUCAUUCUCAAACAUUCUCGCGGAUAUCAAUUUGGUGAUGGUCCCGUGGGACAUUUGUACUUUGUGUACCGCACAUUCUGGCUUCCUCGACUCCUGGAAGGCUGUCAAGCCACAGAUUGAGGGAGUUCUCGCCAGCGCCAAAGUGACUUAUCCCUCGUAUAAGAUUGUUGCCACGGGUCACAGCCUGGGCGGUGCAGUGGCGACGCUGGCCGCCGCCGAGCUGCGAGAGUCUGGCUACGACAUUGCCUUGUACACAUACGGUUCUCCGAUGGUAGGGAAUUACUUUCUCGCGACAUUCAUCACGGACCAGUCUGGGGACAAUUACCGCGUGACCCAUGCCCAGGACAUCGUCCCCAAGCUGCCAGGCUACCCGAUCUUCGCUCACGUGUCGCCCGAAUACUGGAUCACGUCGCCCACCAACGUGGCAGUGACGGUCAAUGACAUCCAACAGAGCUCCGGCGUGAUUGAUUUGGACGGCAACCAGGGCGAACUGGACAGCAGCAUUGACGAUCACGGGUGGUAUUUUAACAGUAUUGCAGCUUGUUCGCCGGGACUGGGGUCGGAGCUGGCCAGGUGA